UACAGGCAACUCUUAGGAGAAAGCAGUUCUCUCCUGCAAAUGAUCAUCAUUCAUGUAGGAUGCUAAUUGUGCUUGCAUGCCCAAAGAAUGGUUUCAUGACAUCUCCUGCUCUCUAGUUUGCACACAUUUCUUUGCUUUCUGCCGCAUGAUGUCCAAGGAAGCAGCUUCUUAGGAUGCAGCAAUUCUCUGCUGUGUAGCAGAAAGGAUAUAAAUAGUCAAGAUCGUGCAGAGCAUAACUAUUCAUCUCCAGCACACAUCACAGGGGGUCUGUGGAGGUCCAGGAUCACCUGUCGCUUAAGUCACUGCCAGCCACAAGCAAAGUGAAUUGCUUUAUUGUACAGGAGAUCAUCCAUAUACUCCUGGUCCAUAAGGAGAUAACGAGAGACAUCACAGCCGGGGUCUGGAGGACCAGGAUGACUUUCUGAAUCUAGAUUGUGUCCAACUUUCCAGAUGCACGGAUAAAGUCUUCAGGAAAAGAAGGCUGGUACCAUGCAUUCAGCAACUCAGUGACUCAGAACCUUUGGAUUGGUGAUCCUGGGGAUGAAACUAUACAUCAAUGGUGGGUGGUGGCUGAAGCAUAGCUUGAAGACAAAGUACAUUGGAGGGAUAUCUGCGCCAUUACCAAUGUACUGAGAUGACACGGGAACAGUACAUAUUGGCCACACAACAAAAUAAUCUACGAGCAGAAAACACUCAGUUUUAUCCCGUUGGAAUUUAUGGAUGGCGGAAGAGGUGCUUGUACUUCUUUGUGCUACUACUGUUGGUUACCAUGAUUGUUAACUUAGCAAUGACAAUAUGGAUUUUGAAGGUUAUGAAUUUUACAGUGGAUGGCAUGGGAAAUUUAAGAAUUACCAAGAAAGGAAUACGACUGGAAGGUGUAUCUGAAUUUCUUCUUCCAUUGUAUGUGAAAGAAAUACAGUCUAGAAAGGACAGUCCACUGGUGUUACAGUCAGACAGAAAUGUAACAGUGAAUGCAAGAAACCAGAACGGCCAUCUAACAGGUCAAAUGAUAGUAGGUGCAGAUGCUGUGGAAGCUCAGUGUAAAAGAUUUGAAGUUAGGUCAAAUGAGGACGGGAGGAUGCUGUUUUCAGCUGAUGAGGAGGAAAUCACUAUUGGUGCUGACAGACUCAGAGUCACAGGAACUGAGGGAGCUGUAUUUGGCCAUUCAGUGGAAACACCACAUAUACGAGCUGGACCUUCACAAGACCUUAGACUUGAAUCUCCAACAAGGUCACUAACAAUGGAGGCACCAAAGGGAGUACAAAUGAGUGCUGUAGCUGGAGAAUUUAGAGCCAGCUGUAGAAAAGAGCUUCAUUUACAGUCCACAGAUGGAGAGAUAUUUUUAGAUGCAGACAGCAUCAGAUUAGCAAAUUUACCACAAGGCUCUCUUACACCUUCAUCUCCAAGCUCAGUAGGCCUGCGACAGACUGUCUAUGAGCUGUGUGUUUGUCCUAAUGGCAAACUCUACCUUUCUCCAGCAGGAGCUAGUUCCACAUGUCAAUCCAGUAGCAACAUCUGUUUGUGGAGCUGA